AUGGAUGACUCGCGCUCGACCGUCUGCAAGCUUGAACCGCACAAAAAAGUAGAAGACCUACUCCACCCUCCUCUCCACUCAUUUUCUACAUAUCGAAUGCUCGCCAUCAAGCGCGCAGCAUUCCAGGCACACCCCCGUUCCGCCGACUCCGAUCGCAGCACGAUCAUCAAGCUCUUGUCGAGCAUUGGGUCGAAGAAGGAGGUUGAACAGUAUUUGCGUCAGUUCUCGUCUGUUGACUCGCAGAAGUUCGCGGUGAUCAAGGUGGGAGGAGCGUGUAUCGCCGAUCCUACCGAGCGCAACCUCUUGGCCAACCAGCUUUCCUUCUUGAACCAGGUUGGAUUGUACCCCAUCGUCAUUCACGGUGCUGGACCCCAGCUCAACAAGCUCCUCGAGGAGGCGGGCGUUGAGCCCCAAUAUGAGGGCGGUAUUCGCAUCACGGACAAGAAGACUCUUGAAGUCGCCCGCAAGGUCUUCUUGGAGGAGAACCUCAAGCUUGUCGAGGCUUUGGAGUCCAUGGGAACCCGCGCCCGUCCCAUUCCCAACGGUGUCUUCCGUGGUGAGUACCUCGACAAAGAUCUCUACCAAUACGUCGGUAAAAUCACCUCUGUCGACAAAGCCGCUAUCGAGUCCUCCAUCCGCGCUGGGGCUCUCCCUAUCUUGACUUCGUUGGCCGAGACUCCUUCAGGUCAAAUCUUGAACGUCAACGCUGAUGUCGCGGCUGGAGAGUUGGCCCGCGCGAUCCAACCCAUGAAAAUCAUCUACCUCAACGACAAGGGCGGUCUCCUCAACGGCACCACCGGCGAGAAAAUCUCCGUCAUCAACCUCGAUGAGGAAUGGGACGCACUCACCAAGGAACCUUGGUUCAAAUUCGGCACCCGUCUCAAGAUCAAGGAAAUCAAGGAUUUAUUGGAGACGUUGCCCAGGAGCUCUAGUGUCGCAAUCAUCAGCACGGGCGACUUGCAGAAAGAGUUGUUCACGGAUUCGGGCGCGGGUACCCUCAUCAGACUAGGAAACAAGUUGUGCACGUGGAAGACCCAGGAAGAGCUCCCGGCAAACUUGGGCGAGAUCUUGGCUGAGCGCACCCCCAACUCGGGAACCAUCUUCGCAGCACUCGACGCCGCUCCCUCAUUCACUUCCUACGGCGACGAAGGCCUCGAAGUCUUUGCUGCCGUCGCUCCCCCCACCUCCUCCGCCCCCUCCAAACUCCUCGCCUUCACCCCCUCCAAAACCGGAUGGCUCAACAACGUCGCCGACAAUGUCUGGUCCCUCAUCCGCAAGAACCACGAGAGCUUGGUCUGGUUCGUUGAGGAAAGCGAUGAGAACUGUGCCUGGUGGUUCGGAAAGAGUGAGGGAAGUUAUGUGAAGGAUGGGAAGGUCAUGUUUUGGUAUGGGGUUAGGGACGAGGGGGUAAAAGUGUGA